AUGGCUACGCGGCUUUUCACGCACGACAAGUCCGCCAACUCCGAGGAUGCCUCCGUCGACGAGAAAGGCUCUUUGACACCAGUUGUUACCUCUGUAGACCAAGAUUUCGAGAAGGUCCCCCCUCUAGGCGCACCCGUCCAUCUCGAGAAUCAAGGUGGCUUUUCUGCGGUCUUGACCUACUGGAAAAGGCCGAAGCCUGAUCUCGAUGCCAUUGCCACACAACCUUCCGUCUUCGACAAUCACGUCACUCUCGAAACUUACCGUCCUCCUGCAAAGUACGAGAAUGCCCAUCGGUUCGAUGCAUUGGCACGCUGGACGUGGAGAGAGGAGAAGAAACUCGUGCGCAAAGUGGACCUACGCAUCAUGAUUUGGGCCUGCGUUAUGUUUCUAGCCCUUGACCUGGAUAGAAGCAAUAUCUCACAAGCCAACUCCGACAACCUGCUUCCAGACCUUGGGCUGACGACCAACGAUUUUAAUCUGGGGAACACGCUAUUCCGUCUAUCUUUUUUAUCUGCUGAACUCCCUUCUCAACUGGUUUCGAAGCGUAUUGGACCGGACGUUUGGGUUCCUUGCCAGUUCUGGCUGUCGGGUCGUUCGAGCUUUUUGGCCUGUCGGUUCCUGCUUGGUUUCUUGCAGGGAGGCUUCAUCCCUGACAUCGUGCUCUACCUCUCCUACUUCUACACAGGGCCCGAAUUGCCCAUUCGGCUUGCGUUCUUCUGGUUAUCGAAUUAUAUAUCCGAUAUCCUGAGCGCUUUCCUCGCCACUGGCAUAUUACGCCUUCGUGGUGUUGGUGGGAAGGAGGGAUGGCGCUAUCUGUUCCUCAUCGAAGGCCUAAUGACCCUCCUUGUUGGGAUAAUUUCUUUCUUCCUGAUGCCUCCUGGCCCCACCCAGACAAAGGCUUGGUUCCGUCCCAAGGGCUGGUUCACCGACCGGGAAGAAAUCAUCAUGGUCAAUCGAGUGCUUCGCGACGACCCUUCGAAAUCUGAUAUGCACAAUCGAGAGGGUCUGAACAUCAAGAUGAUUUGGAAAUCGAUCAAAGAUUGGAGACUAUGGCCGGUAUACGCCCUUGGUCUUGUUCACAUGAUGCCUGUGGGACCGCCCCAAAUCUAUUUGACUCUGUCUCUUCGAAACCUCGGAUUUAACACCACGGAAACGAACUUGCUCGUCAUUCCUUCUGUGGUGAUCGGAGCUACCAUGCUUUUCCUCACUGCUUGGUUCAGUGAACUGGUGAAUAGCCGUGUGGCGGCAACCCUCAUUCUUCAAAUCUGGGCGCUACCUCUCCUGAUCGCGCUCUAUACCUUCAAUUCACAAACGUCUCAGUGGAUCUAUUUUGCAGUGAUCACAUUGGUUACUGGGUUCCCAUACGUUCACCCGAUUCAAGUAGCUUGGGUUUCCAGGAACUCUUAUAGUGUCAGACAGAGGACCAUCUCUGCUAGUGUCUAUAAUAUGUUUGUGCAGACAGGUGCCAUCGUUUAUGCCAACAUCUAUCGCAGCGAUGAUAGACCGCUAUAUAAACGCGGAAACCGCCAGCUUAUCGCUAUUUGUUCGAUGAACAUUACACUUUAUAUUUUGACCUACUUUUUCUACCGCACGCUUAAUGCGAGACGAGAGAAGAAGUGGAACUCUUGGUCCGCAAAGGAAAAGCAGGAAUACAUAGAAACGACGAAAGACCAAGGAAACGAGCGUGUCGAUUUCAGAUUCGCUUAUUGA